UGGAAUAAAACCACCGACCCGCACGGAGAAAAGCCUCCAGCAGAUGGGCCCGCGCCUCCCCACGGGCUCUCCACGCGGCCGGCUUCGCGUGCUCCGCUGGCCGGGUCCCGUGGGGGGCUGCGUGAUGGCAGAGCAGGGUGAGAGGCAGCAGGAAGGACGCUAGAGCAGUGACCUGCUGCCCGGCUGUGUGCUGACAUGAUGACAGCUAGCAAGGCGGCCGAUGUGAGCAGCAAGACUGAAAGCAGUGUCUGCAAGUCCACUGAGAGGAUCAAGCUUGCGGAUAAAAACAAUACGGCAGCUGUGAAGAAAUUAGAAAGACUUCUGUGUGGAUUUUCAAGUGAGAGAUGUUCUGAAGGUGCCUCUGUCAGCCUGAGUUUAACGCCUGAAGCUGAACCAGUUUCUUGUGUGGUGAAGAACCCACUCGGAGCCUUGGAGAACUUGAUGCUGGAUCCCAAACUAGACUGCUUUCAGCAGAACAUGCUUAGUCCCAAAAUGAUCAUCAGCGACCCGUCUGUGGAUCUGAAUGUUAAAGAAAACAGUAAAAUCAUCAGGAGGCAGAUAGGAGGUACUCAGAAUAUACGGUCACCUGGAAAAAUUGGCUUGAGGAAUAAGUCCUUUAGCAUUAAGGACAAAAUUUCAGAGUGGGAAGGGAAAAAGGAAACACAGUCUGCUCCUCGCCGAGAGGAGGAGCAAGGAGCUAAAGAGGAGCACAAAAUACCCUGUGUAGUUGAGAAGACGAGUGGAGAAGCACUGGUGACUCGGAAAGUGGAAGCCAAGAGGCUUACGAGCUGGGAACUGGAGUGCAAAGGGGCAGGCAAAGAGAAUGAGCGGAAAGCAGGAACUCCAAAAGGGCAGGGAGCAGAGCGAAAGGGGGAAACAGAGAAGGAUGGGGAAGUGGAAUCCGGCAUUGGAAAAUGCAGGGAAGUGAAAGGUGGGAAGUGGGAGGUGCAGAAGGAGAACGUUUCAGUGCUUAGUCAGGUCAAGAAGCUAGAGCAGGCUUUGAAAGAUGGCUCAGCAGAGCUGCAGCCGCAGUUGCCUGGUACUUACUACUCCCCACAGUGCCUGCAGGAGAAGGCAGCACAAGGACACGCUGCUCCAGAGGGCCAUGAGAGCGUAUGUGGGGCUGAGCUCAACAAAAGACUUCUUGGCUUGGACUCUGAAAUCAAUGAGCCAAUUUUUGGGACUCUGGAAGAGGUAAGAACUCCUCACACGAAAUCCAAGGACUGCAAUGUGGAAAAUGUCUACACAGAGCCAGGGGUGCCGGAGAAGAAACCCUUUAUCAACCCGCUGCCAAAGCCCCGUCGGACUUUCAAACACGAGGGGGAAGAGGACUGGGUGCCAGCAGCUAGGAAUAAAAGGAACUUACCCCCUCUGCCAUCUAUUCCUCCUCCUCCUCUCCCCUCCUCUCCGCCCCCGUCAGCCGUCAGCAGGAGGCUCUGGAGCGGGAAGCACAAGAACAACGCUGACCACAGGAAGUCCUAUGAAUUUGAAGACUUGCUGCAGUCAUCAUCUGAGAACGGCAGGGUGGACUGGUACGCGCAGACCAAGCUGGCCCUCACACGCACUUUAUCUGAGGAGAACGUCUACGAAGACAUACUGGAUCCACCAUCGAAGGAAAACCCUUACGAAGACAUUGAGACCAACAGCCGCUGCUUGGGGAAGAAAUGCGUCCUGACCUUCCCAGCAUCCCCCACCUCUUCAGUGCCUGGGACUCCCACUAAGUUGCUUUCCAAGCCCAUUUUUUUCCGACAAAACUCAGAGCGGCGGAGUUUCAAACUGCCAGACAUACGGAAACUGAGCCGCGAUGGAACUGGGUCGCCAUCCAAAAUCAGCCCUCCCUCUACCCCCAGCAGUCCAGACGACACCUUCUUCUCCUUGGGAGACCCUCAGAACGGCAAGAGGAGAAGGAAGAUUCCCAAGCUUGUGUUGAAAAUCAAUGCCAUUUAUGAGGCACGGAGGGGAAAGAAACGUGUCAAGAGACUAUCGCAGUCUACAGAGAGCAAUUCAGGGAAAGUUACAGAUGAAAACAGUGAAUCAGACAGUGAUACUGAAGAGAAACUCAAAGCUCACAGCCAGCGCCUGGUCCACGUGAAAUCUCGCCUGAAGCAGACCCCGCGGUACCAAACCUUGGAACGGGACCUGAUCGAGUAUCAGGAGAGGCAGCUGUUCGAGUACUUCGUUGUGGUGUCGUUGCACAAGAAGCAGGCCGGAGCCACCUAUGUCCCUGAGGUUACCCAGCAGUUCCCACUGAAGCUUGAACGCUCGUUCAAAUUCAUGCGUGAGGCAGAAGAUCAGUUGAAAGCUAUUCCCCAGUUUUGCUUUCCUGAUGCAAAGGACUGGGCCCCCAUCCAUCAGUUUGCCAGUGAGACCUUCUCAUUUGUCCUGACGGGGGAAGAUGGAAGCAGGCGUUUUGGAUACUGUAGGAGGCUGCUGCCCAGUGGGAAAGGGAAGCGCCUCCCAGAAGUUUACUGCAUCGUGAGUCGCCUCGGAUGCUUCAAUCUCUUCUCUAAGAUCCUGGAUGAGGUUGAGAAGAGACGGGGCAUUUCCCCAGCCUUGGUGCAGCCUCUCAUGAGGAGUGUCAUGGAGGCGCCUUUCCCAGCCUUGGGCCGGACAAUUACAGUCAAGAACUUCUUGCCGGGCUCAGGAACAGAGGUAAUUGAGCUGCGGCGGCCUCUUGACUCCAGACUUGAGCAUGUCGAUUUUGAGUCCUUGUUCACAUCCCUCAGCGUGCGGCACCUGAGCAGGGUCUUCGCCUCCCUGCUUCUUGAAAGGAGGGUGAUCUUUAUCGCAGACAAGCUCAGCACGCUCUCCAAGUGCUGCCAUGCCACGGUGGCCCUCCUGUACCCCUUCACCUGGCAGCACACCUACAUCCCCGUGCUGCCACCGUCCAUGAUCGACAUCGUGUGCUCGCCCACCCCCUUCCUCAUCGGCCUGCUCUCCAGCUCCCUGCCCCGCCUGAAGGAGCUCCCGGUGGAGGAGGUCCUCGUCGUUGACCUGGUGAAUAACCGGUUUCUGAGGCAGAUGGAAGAUGAGGACUCCAUCCUGCCCAGGAAGCUGCAGGCCGCCCUAGAGCACAUCUUGGAGCAGAGGAACGAGCUGGCGAGUGACAAGGAGGAGGGUGCUGUGAAUGGCAAGCAGGAGACCAGCCCGCUGAACGAGGUGGUGUCCGAGGCCUUUGUCCGUUUCUUCGUGGAGAUCGUGGGCCACUACUCCCUCUUCCUGACCCCCGCUGAGCGCGAGGAGCGGACGCUGCAGCGCGAGGCCUUCCGCAAGGCCGUCUCCUCCAAGAGCCUCCGCCGCUUCCUGGAGGUCUUCAUGGAGACGCAGAUGUUCGGGGGCUUCAUCCAGGAGCGGGAGCUGCGGAAGCAGGGGGUCAGAGGUCUGUUUGAGGUACGGGCUCAGGAGUACCUGGAAACACUUCCCAGUGGGGAGCAGAGUGGAGUCAAUAGGUUCCUGAAGGGACUAGGUAGCAAAAUGAAAUUCCUCCACAAAAAGUAAGCACGAAGCACGUCCUCGCUCCGCAGGAGAGAAUGGCCUUACCAUUCAGCACCCGAUCAGACAUACCAACGCCCCCGUCCCGCCUGUUCCUGGGGGCCAGCAGCCUCGGGCGAGCUGACCGCGGCCGGGAUGCACGCACAGACGUGCGGUGCCAUGGGAGGAUCCGAUGGCUGCGGCGCUGCCGGGACAGGUCUCUGGAUAUCCACAGUACCAUGCACUGGACCAAGCACUCUCUGAACUCUGCGCUAGCACGUUGCAGACAUCCCAGCGGAUCGGAUCUCUUAGCUAGUCAAAUUUUUGGUUCUGUUGUAUUUUUUUCUAUUUAUAUCGGGGUUAGGACGAAUAUUAACCGAUGCCUCUUGCCCUGCCUCCUCUCCGCCUGGUGCUGCAGGAGGCCACAGUGGGACUCCGCGAGGCUGAGCUGGCAGAGCUCCGGCACCGAGGAGGGGAGGAACAGAGGAGUGUGGCCGUGGGUCUCUGCAAAGCGAGGACACUGAGAACUGCAGGGCUGAUGUGGGCUGACCAGGAGGAGCUUCGGAGCAAGCGGAAGGGCUGAGGGGGAACCACUAAACCUACUGAGGACUCGAUCGUCCAGCCAGCCACCGGGCCGGCUGCGCCAGGGGGUCCUGGCGAGGAGAGGCCUUUCCUUAUGCAAUGUAAUUAAAAACCAGUGGUGUAAAAGGC